CAUACCGUCACCUUCACGAACAAGUACGUGUGAUGACACAUUUCCGCGACCGCACAUUCACUCAUGCGAUUGAUAGUUGUGGUUAUGGCACUGUGAGCAAGAGAGCAGACCAAACACCAUAAUCGCCGUACUUAUCACGCGCCUACUAGCCCUACUUGUGGUCGCAGACUGGUACAUUGCUCUCGACUGGUGGAGCGUACACAAGCAACGGCCCUGCUCCUGGUCUCAUUGCGUGAGUUUCUUUGAGUAACCAUCUACUAAUUGAGAACGUGCUUAGCGCUUAACUGUAAUUAGUUACCUUCAGACCGGUAUGGCUUCAUGGAUAUAGCUCUCAUAUACUUUGCCGUUGAAAACAUCUUGUACGCAGGUAACUGCGGUCAGAACGGCGAAGAAUGCACCCUUGUCGAGGCAACUCUCGAGAAUGCCGGUAGUGCUGCCGACAUUUCUCUCAUUCCGCCCCACGAGUUCUCCGUGACCAGUGGCUUUGGUUUCUACGGUGGCUGCGAUGGCGUCGGCACCGAUUGCACCAGUUCUAGCUGCUACUUGGCGUUCCGCAAGUCCACUGAUACUUUCGCCAUUGUUGCUGCGGCGCUGACAAUGUGAGUGAACCUUGCCAUCACCUUCUGCGACUAGUCUCCUGUCAUGGUAAUCCGCAAUGAUUCGAGGAAAUUGUGUAGCCAUUGUCGGAUGUGGUUCGUUUGUGCACCUGUACGAGAGAGAAGAUGAACAAUUUGUGUACAUGAUUAUGCUAUUCAGUUGUUGUGUCUUUGCGCGCGUACGACGAUCUGCCCUAAAACAGCUUCACGUAGUACACACAUAGCACAGGACUGUACCUGAGGGCGGCAGGUUUUCAACGCAAAUAGUCCCGCGUGUUGCACCCACACCCGCUCCGAGUCAGACUUGUCAUCCAGGCGCGGGCCGUCUCCCGAGCUCCCUCCUCCUCCUCCCCUUCAUUAGAUUACAAAUGAACACGCAGACCCGUCAUAUUGGGUGAGCUGCGUACAUACAUUCCGAUAUUCCUCCUACAAC